AUGAAGCCGAGCAGGCCUUAUCGUAACAGUGAAUUAUCGUUUGAAGUUCGUUUAGGCGACGCUAUGGAUGUUGUAUGCCCCUAUUACAAUGAAAAACAAUCUUAUAUGACCAAUGAUAUAGAAUAUUAUGAUAUUUAUCAAGUAACUGAAAAUGAAUAUGAAACGUGUCGCAUCUAUUCAUUUGGUGAAAAUCCUUUAACUCGUCCUGUUAUAAGUUGUAAUAGUCCACAUGAAAUAAUGAAAUAUACUCUAAAUUUUCGUGAAUAUUUACCCAUACCGAAUGGUUUUGAAUUUAAAGCUGGUCAUACUUAUUAUUUUAUAUCCACAUCUGAUUCAACAGGAUUUGGUCGUCAAGAGAUGGAAUUUAAUAGUUGUGAAAAAUAUUCAACACGAAUAAAAAUUCAUGUUGGUAAACGUCAUCAACAACAUCAUUCGUCCACGACUACUACGACAGACUCAUAUCCAUUACGUCCUGUUACAAAUGAUCUAUCUAAAUAUCGAAAUCCAAUAUGGACAGCUUUAAGAGCAGAAAGACAUAGUGAUUCAUAUUCAAUAGCGUGGAUAACAAAGUGGCCGAAAGUGAAUGGUGAUUCGAACUUAGAUCCCGGUGUAACUAAGUCUUCAUUUUACGCUUCGCCUUCGUCAACCGUCUUAAAACGUUCAACAUCAUCGAAUUCUGUUACAUUCCCCGGUAUACCACCAGCGGAACUGGAAUUACCGCAUGGUCUAUCAAACCGCGCGAUACACUGGUCGGUUGUAUGGGCGGUAUCAACCGGUAUUUUAUUAGUGUGA